AUGCCAAUCGUCAACAGCUCUGACAGAUUGAUAGCCUCCCUCGCGGACGAACCCGCUGGACAGGGAAUGCAAGACAAAGAGAAGAAGCAGUUUGGAGACAAAAGUGAGGCGGCCCCACCUGGACGUCACGCGUCACUCCAGCAUCCGAGGGAAUCGACCCCAGGCCGAAAGUGCGUCUGUUUUGGCGCUAGGGCGGUGUUGCCGCUCCACUCCAAGCACUUCAAUGUAAACAAACUCCAGAGGCCGGCCAAAACAAGAGGCACCACAACACGACCAAUAGUGAACUAA